AUGGUCCCGUUUCGCCUAAUCAGUGAACAUGAACCAAACGAAGAAGAGAAAACAGUUUUAAAAACAAGAAAUACUUCCUUUGGAUCGAGACAGAUGUCAAAAACAAUUUUCAGUUUUGCGAUCUUUCGCAGUUCAUUAAAUAAACUUUUUAUAAUUGGAUCUGGUUUAGUCUUAGGCAUAAGAAGAACUGACAAUUUAAAACUUCGCAAUCUUUGUUUAAAUAGACUUCAACAUUUCUUUCUUCUUUUUAACUUGUGCUAUCAAUCAAUGAGGCUCAAAUUGGAAUGUCUACUGUGCACCGAAGCAAUAAACAUCCAUCGGAAGAAUUCAAAUGACGCUACUUAUCAUGAUAAGUUGAAUCUCAUUUCAGACGAUGUGUUGAUGGUUUGCCUUUUCCCAAUCUCUUUCCAUCAACAUAAAGUUUUUUGGACAGACUCGGUCAAGAGGAAGAAGACGAAAGAAAGAAAUAAAAAAAUGUGA